UCCAAAACCCUAGCGUCCCAAAAUCUAGGGUAUAUAAAUCACUCUUAACCACAUUUCCGCAAACUCACAAUCUUCGAUUCGGCCAGAGCUCUCACUCUCGCCGGCAACGAUGCAGAUCUUCGUGAAAACCCUAACCGGGAAGACAAUCACCCUCGAAGUCGAGUCCUCGGACACUAUCGACAAUGUGAAGGCCAAGAUUCAGGACAAGGAAGGCAUCCCACCGGACCAGCAGAGGCUGAUCUUCGCCGGCAAGCAGCUGGAGGACGGCCGCACCCUCGCCGACUACAACAUCCAGAAGGAGUCCACGCUCCACUUGGUCCUCCGUCUCCGUGGUGGCGCCAAGAAGAGGAAGAAGAAGACCUACACCAAACCCAAGAAGAUCAAGCACAAGAAGAAGAAGGUCAAGCUCGCGGUGCUCCAGUUCUACAAGGUGGAGGAUUCCGGCAAGGUGCAGAGGCUGAGGAAGGAGUGCCCCAACGACGAGUGCGGAGCUGGGACGUUCAUGGCGAACCACUUUGACAGGCACUACUGUGGGAAGUGUGGCUUGACCUAUGUCUACAACCAGGCUGGUUCCGAUUAGUCACAUAUCAUCCGUUUGAUGUUUUCAGAGUACAAUGGAUAAUUUACUGUUCUCUUCUAAAUUUUGCUAUCUCUAGUUUACAGUUUCGAAUAGCGAAUGGGUUGGAACUCGUAUGUUUGCGGCCAUGGAUGAUGUCAAUUGUUGGAUUUUUAUGGGUUUAGUUCUGUUAUAUUCAAAACUCGACUGGGUUUGCUCAUUUCUUUUGUUUUAUCUAUCGUUUAGUACUCUGUGAUGUGCAUGAAUCGAUCUUAGAUGUUGAUAAUCUUUCUGCAAACACACUAAGAAUGUUAAAUCCUCGGGUGUUCAUAAGUUUUCAGUUAAGUUUGCAAUGGUGGAUUAGAGUGAUAGGUUUUCUGCUUUAGGGAUUGUCUGUAUUCUGGUUGGAUUGCUGAAAAUCUCAAGACAAUUGCUGUUUGCUUUGUCUCUUGCUCUGUAUGAGUUGAUUAAUCUUUCAGAUUGAUGUAGGUGAUGUAUCUGUUUGCCAACUCCAUAAAGUACUAUUCUGAUUUCUUAUUUACUUUGAUAGGAAUGUGGGAUUGUGCAGAUAAUGGUUAUAUUUUCUUGUUUGGUUUUUGUGGUUGUGGAUUUUCUGAUGUAGCAUAGUUGUGCAACCUUCUCUGCAUUUGAUCAGAUUAGGGUUUAUGGAUGUUUCAUGACGAUAGUGUCGACUCUGCACUCACUAGGCGGUCCUAUCUUAAUCCAUUGGCCGGCUUGUGGGUUCUCAUCCCUUUUGGUUUAUGUUUUAGAAAAUUUCGGUGGAAUGUGUUGCUGUAAUCUGUGUAGCCCUUUUGUGAAAUAGAUCAAAUCUUCUUAGAACAAAGCGUGUAAUUGUUGUAGUUCAUAUGUUAUGGUCACAGGUCAGUGUUUGAAAUUUCUUUCCGUGAGCAUCAACAAGAUCGUAGCUUUUGUUCUCUGAUGUAUUGUUGCUUAUGCAUGUUUAGUCUCGUUGUAUUUAUGUAAUCAUUCAUUCCAUGGAUGAAUUGCUGGUAAAUGUUUAUUCAUUUUCUUGUAUAUGAUCGAUCGGUGAGGUUAUCUUUUGCUGUCAAAUGCCUUAUUCGGUUAUUGUUCCUUCUUGUGUUAUGUCCUGCCAUUGGUCUACAGUCAUGUACUCUCAAGUCUCUAUGCUCAUCCAUACUAAACCCUACACGAAUGUAUUGUUUCAUUUUGUAAACAUGCGAAAUGAGUUUGUGGUGCUUUGGGAGAUAUGAAGCUGUUUCUGCAAAAUCUGAGUACUUUGGGAGAUAUGAGUCCGGAUGAAAAUUGGUAUGGUUGAACAUUAAUAUGGUAUUCAUAUCUCGGUAUCAAAUAUCCAAAUUUCAACUAGGGGAUAAUGUCUUAAAAGUUUAAAACCAACACUAACAUUGAUUUCAUAAGAAGUUCAGUAUCGAUAUUGAUUAAUAAUUAAUAUAUAUAAAGCUUAAGUAGUGUUACUGUAACUUCCUAUAUAGAUUUGCUAAUGUACACUACUGUCAUGUAGUUUAGUAACCUAUAGGCGAAUGGAAGCACACAAGUUUAAUAUUAUUCCCAAAGCUAUUAACUUAUUGAGGUACCAUUUAACAUGGAUUUUGGUAGCACUAUUUUAAUGUCCCAUAACCAUAAAUCUCAUUUUCUCACGCAAACCAUAAACCAACCUUUGAUUAUAGAUCAUGAAUUUUUAUUAAACUUUAUAUAUAUAUGGUGGCUUCUACGGUACCCGGGUGAAAUCCGGGGUACUGCAUACAUGAGUAUGAAAAUGCUAUCUAGACCUUGAAUUUGCAGGAUUUUUGUGCCUAAUACUAUACCCUAACCCUUAAUGAGUGAACUCUAGAUCCUAAUUAUCUAAAUCAUAGACUAUAAACAAGACGGUGCAUUUAUUUUUUGCCUAUAUUUGGACGAAUCAUAACCGUCGAUUAUUGUUUCUAAUUAAAUUGAUCUUGGGGU